CCGCGACGUCGACCGUGCUCGGUGGUGGCGAGGCGGACCAGUGUCCGAGACCGACCGGUAGCCUGCAGAGCACUGCAACGGGUUGUCUCGCCGUCGAUUCGUCUUCGCCGUUUCUGGCGCGUAUAGUGCGCGCGCUCGUUCUUGUGCACCAUAGACCGUUCGCACGUUUAUUGCCAAAAAUCGUUUUAUCCGAUUGCCGUUGAACUGUGAAUUCUUGGCCUUGUCGUUUAAUUUUCCGCCCGCGAUGGGUGUCUCGGUUUACCGCGAAGUGACAAUGACUACUACCACCGCCGCCGCGACGGUCGCGUCGUCAUCGUCCGUCACCGCCACCGCUAACAAAACACCGUCGUCGAACGUGUUGAUGUGCCGCCAAUGGUGGAAAGUGUGUUGGAUGUACGGAGAUCAGGAAAAGUAUUACCGACAGCUGUAUGGAGCGACGAAAAAGCAGUCUGCUUCGUCUUCGACUUUUGGCGUCAACGGCGGUGGCGGUGGCGGCAGAGCAACGGUUAUGGAACUCCAGCAAAUGUCCACCGUCUCUUUUAUGCCGCCUCCACCCCGACUCGAUGAUAGACAAGUUUGCCGGAACUGCAACUGUCCGCGAGACGACCACAGCAGUGGCGGCAACCACAACAGCGACCACUACCGACAACAGUUAAAGGUCGCCGAAACGGCCUCGUGCGGAGGAAGUGGUGCCUCGGCGAUAAUGUCGUCGUCGGUGGCGGCGGCAGCGGUGACCGGCGUCAAGCGGGGCACGCCCCCGCCACCAUUGCCGCCUUUGCCAACGGGCCCACCGGGUUACGAUCAAGCGAUCGGUGGUUACGAGAAACUGCUGGCCGCCACAGUAGCCGUGGGUGCGUCAGCCACGUCCACAGCGUCAGUGGCCACAGCCACCGGUCGCAAAGACCCGUCGGCGAUCGCUGCGCACCAUCACCACCACCACCAUCCGCACCACUCGCAUGCGGCGGUGACGGCCACGGCGGGUGGAGGCGAUCCGCAACAGCGACACUCACACUCCGACGACGAUUCCGGGUGUGCGCUGGAAGAGUACACGUGGGUGCCCGCCGGACUCAGACCAGAUCAGGUGCACUUAUUCUUUUCGGGCGUACCCGAAGACAAAGUGCCAUACCUGAACUCGGCGGGUGAGCGGUACCGGGUAAGGCAGCUCCUACAGCAGUUGCCUCCACACGAUAAUGAGGUGCGGUAUUGUCGAGGACUAUCGGAUGAAGAACGCAAAGAGCUGAGACUAUUCAGCGCGCAGAGGAAACGUGACGCUCUGGGACGUGGCGUGGCCAAGCAGCUGGUCGCUGAUGUACCUUGUGCGAAUUGUCAAGAGACCCUGCAGCCUGGCGAUAUGGCGGUAACGGCGAGCAGAGUUGGGUCGGGUGCGGCUUGGCAUCCAGCGUGUUUCACGUGCCGUGUGUGCAAAGAGAUACUCGUCGACCUCAUAUAUUUCUACAAAGACGACCACGUGUACUGUGGUAGACAUCACGCGGAAACGCUCAAACCCAGGUGUUCAGCUUGUGAUGAGAUAAUCUUGGCUGACGAAUGUACGGAAGCAGAAGGUCGUGCUUGGCACAUGAAACAUUUCGCUUGCUUGGAGUGCGACAAACAGCUUGGGGGCCAGAGGUACAUCAUGAGAGACGGCCGACCUUACUGUUUACAAUGUUUCGACGGUCUAUUUGCCGAAUACUGUGACUCUUGCGGCGAUCCCAUAAGCGUAGACCACGGACAAAUGAGUCACGAAGGACAACAUUGGCACGCCACCGAACAGUGUUUCUGUUGCCACACAUGCAGAUCUUCGCUGUUGGGCAGACCGUUCUUGCCACGCCGUGGAGCUAUUUUCUGUUCAAUCGCCUGCAGUAAAGGUGAACCUCCGACGAUGACGACAUCGCAAAGGCCCGAAUCAGAAAUGGCCGAUGUCGCUGCUGCCGUCGGGCAAACAGAGCAGACAACGCCCGCGCAAACGCUGCAACUACAACCGGUCGCUACCGCGCCCGACUCGCCGGCCAGCGCCGGAAGACGGACCGCAUCGACCAACGGAUUCGCGUCACCUUCGCCGUCACAACAAUCGGCGUGCCGAUCGCCGUUGAUGGGUCGCAGAGCGUUGCAGAAUGCCAACAACAGCAACACGUCGUCACCGUCACCCACACGUCACAUGCAGCAGCGGUCCGCGGGAGAUGGAGUAAUAGCGCCGCACGCCAGCCGACCGAACGCCGUGGCCGCACGUCCGUCUGACUUGGACGUGAGACAGCGGCGCCGGCGCAACGACAUAGCCGUGGUCGAGUCCAGGCGCGUGCUGACCGUGGUGGACAGGGACAACGGCGACGACGGCGACGUGGCCACCGACGACGACGGCAACGGCGGCAGACCACGCGGCCACGGGUUCUCGGCCACGUCAUCGUCCGUCAUCGCGGUCGACCGAACGGACGGCGGCCGGCUGGACGACACGCUUUACGAGCUGCAACGGCUGCUGAGUAACGGAAAACUUCCGCAAAAGUUCCUGGAAAAGCUCAUCUCGGACGACGAGAUAACCGACCGACUUCUGAACGAGUUCGAAAAACUCACGACUGCGGCUGCAGCCUCCGCCGCAGAACCAUUGCCGCCGUCCUCUUCGUCUUCGAGCCGGCGGCCCGUGGACGACCGGCGACUGGCCAUCGCCACUCCGCCGUCCACCUCCACUGUUGCGGCCACAAACGCGCCGCCGCAGUCGCGUCGCGCUUCGUCUUCGUCGUCCACGCCCGAGACGGUGGCCACCGGCGGCAGGAGGUCCGUCCGCUUCGACGGCACAGCUCUGUCGUCGACCGACCCUCCGGCUUCCGGGCGGACCAGACGCCGGCGUCGGGAAGGCCGGAACAACCGGAGUCGGAGCCGGAGCCGGAACAGCAGACCGGUUCCGCCGCCCCUGCCGCCGCCGACCGGUAACGACGACGACGACGACUCGUCGGCCGAACACGGUUGCUGUUCCACGUGCUCAUCGAGUUCGGGCAGCGAGCUCGACGACCUGUCGGUGUACCGGUUACCGGCCCGCCGGCCGUACGGCCCGGGAGCAGGCGCCGCGGCCAGGAUCUCGUACGUGCCCAACGACGCCAUAGCGUACGCCAAGCAGCAGGCCACGGCCCACCGGUCGCCCGGCAGGAGAACAGCGGCCGCCGGCCAGUCGCCACAGCACCUACAGCAACAGCAACAGCAAUCGGUGGACGACAAGAACUGUGUCAUACAAUAGUGAAAUGUAAUAAUAAAUUAUGCUAAUGUGGUAUUUGACCGUUGCUGGGGAAUACUAGUUGUUGUUCGAAUACCGUUUGAACAGUUUUACUAAAAUACUAUUCAAUAUACCGAAAUACCGAAUAGUAAUACCACCAUAUACACUAUAAUAUAAUUAUGGAUUGAUGCCGUUGACUGCUGUAGCGUUUAUAUUAUAGUUGUGUCUUUAGAGCAUAAAUGAAUUCCUGUGUCAAAAAGUUGAAAAUACUGUUGGUUAUCCCCCUUGACCAAUAGUUUGUAUACCUAGGUAUCCGGUCCGAAAUUCACUUGACAAUAUCACUAGCGUACUCCACAACUAUUUAAUAUAAAUACUCAAAUACGACGUUUGCAGUAUUUAUCUUACUGUAGUACAUGUUUAAUUUGUACCCAAUGAGUUAACUUAAUGAGAUUUUUUUUUUUUGGGGGGGGGGGAUAGAAUGUGGAAAAAAUACACUAGCACCUUCUCGGUAAAAUAUCUGGGACUAGUUCUCCCUUGCCCCCUUGAUUACGCCUUUACACGUGUGUCUUCCACGAUAAGUGUCAUGUAUAUAUUAAAUAUUAUAUUAUGUAUAUAUUAUAAACAAAAUGUUGUUAUAAACGUUUAUAUUAUUAUGUUUUAUAGACGUAUUGUGUACUCCACUAUUGUAUAAUAUUGAUAAUAUUUAAGAAUUGUAGGUACUUGCCUAAUUUUUUUGUUCAAACAAAUUUGUGAAUAAUAAAAUAAAUUAUUUAUGUUUGAAAAACCAAUAAACGAAAUUGUGUUUUUUUAA